AUGGCGCAUCAACUAGCACCGUCUGUAAAUUGUUCAUUAGACGACAUUGACCUCAGUGCAUUAAAGGAUCCUGCUGGAAUAUUUGAGCUUAUUGAAGUUGUAGGAAAUGGCACUUAUGGCCAAGUAUACAAGGGACGGCACACAAAGACCGGCCAGCUUGCUGCCAUCAAGGUGAUGGAUGUGACACAAGAUGAAGAAGAGGAAAUAAAACUUGAGAUCAAUGUGUUAAAGAAAUAUUCAACCCAUCGCAACAUUGCCACUUACUAUGGUGCUUUUAUAAAGAAAAGUCCUCCAGGGAAAGAUGACCAGCUCUGGUUGGUUAUGGAGUAUUGUGGUGCUGGAUCCGUGACUGACUUGGUGAAGUCUACAAAGGGGCAGUCACUAAAGGAAGAAUGGAUAUCAUAUAUAUGUAGAGAAAUCCUCCGAGGGCUGAGCUAUCUGCAUUCAAACAAAGUCAUACAUCGUGAUAUUAAGGGACAAAAUGUUUUAUUGACUGACAACGCUGAAGUUAAGUUAGUGGACUUUGGAGUAUCAGCCCAAUUGGACAGAACCAUCGGGAGGCGGAACACGUUCAUCGGUACGCCGUAUUGGAUGGCUCCGGAGGUUAUCGCCUGUGAUGAGAACCCUGAAGCCACGUACGACAAUCGGUCUGAUCUCUGGUCUUUGGGCAUCACGGCGUUGGAGAUGGCGGAGAGCCAGCCCCCGUUGUGUGACUUGCAUCCCAUGAGAGCUCUGUUCCUCAUUCCGAGGAAUCCACCACCGCGUUUAAAGUCCAAGAAGUGGGCGAAGAAGUUCCACAGCUUCAUCGAGACCGUGCUCGUGAAGGAUUACCAUCAGAGGCCUUACACCGAACAGCUGCUCAAACACCCAUUCAUCAGAGAUCAACCCACAGAACGCCAAGUUCGGAUACAGCUGAAGGAUCACAUAGAUCGAUGCAAGAAGCGCAAGCAGGACAACUCUGUGCGAGAAGACUACAAGUAUUCGGGCUCAGAGGGAGAAGAGGAAGACAACGCCAUAGCGGGGGAGCCGUCUUCUAUAGUGCACAAUGCUCCUCAUCAAGGUGGAGACACUUUGAGAAGGAAUUUCCAGCAGAUUCAGGAAGGAAGAGCCGCGGAAGCACAACAACCCCAGCCGCCGCCUAAACGCAACAGUAAACGGGAAGAGAGAGAAGAGAUACCAGAACCCGGUCCUCCAGCGAGGCCAACAAUUCCUCAAAGACUGAUCGUAGUGCCAGACCCACAAGCACAACAACCUAACAGAUAUAGGCCACUUCCGCCUACCCCGAAGUCGUCGGGCUCGUCCAACAGCUCGGGAUCCAACAAUGGGACUCCGCCCGCCAGUGGGCCGCAACCCCCGCAGAGGGGUUCGCACCACAUGUUCAAACCCAUGAUACCGCCAAGAAGGCCCGAGGACCUGGAUAAGCUGGCCGCACAAUUGAACGAGUUGGGCGUGGUCUCCGGCAACGAGCCACCGAAUCGUCCUCCACGAGCACCAGCUAAUGGACAAGGUCCACCGGUGGAAAGAAACCCACCAGAACCGACAUUCGAAGAGUCCGACAGCGAUUCGGAUCCAGAUGAGGGCGGGGGUCGAGUGAGAAAUGAUGGGACGCUGUUGGCCAGUGACCCACCCAAACCGCU